AUGAUUUCCUUUGCAGUUAAAAAACUAAAAUGCCAGGCGGGUAUUGUUGUUACCGCUAGUCACAAUCCAAAAGAAGAUAAUGGAUACAAAGUCUAUUGGAACAAUGGAGCUCAGAUCAUCUCACCUGUUGAUGUGAAAAUAGCCGAAGAAAUUGAGAAGAAUUUAGAACCAUGGAAAGAUAAAGCCUGGCAAUUAGAUAUACUCGAUAAAAAUAAAUCUAAACUCGUCUCCGAUCCCAUUGAUGAGGUAUGUGAUAUGUACAUGUCAGAGUUAUCAAAAUUAAUUCAUUUUCCGGAAAUCAAUGCGACCGUACCGUUAAAAUUUGCUUAUACGCCAGUACAUGGUGUCGGUCAACCGUAUGCCGAACGUGCUUUUGCAACGUUUAAAUUUCCACCGUUUAUUUCUGUUCAAAAACAAAGUGCGCCAGAUCCUGAGUUUCCUACCGUCAAAUUUCCCAACCCCGAAGAAGGCAAAGAAACAUUGGCAUGCGCUAUCCAAACAGCUAAUGAGCAAAAUGUAGACUUUAUCUUAGCCACAGAUCCGGAUGCUGAUCGGUUUGCAUUAGCAGAAAGAGAUCCACGAGAGAACAGUGAAACUGGUUGGAGAAUAUUCACUGGUAAUCAGCUCGGAGCUUUACUUGGCUGGUAUCAGUGGUUCACAUGGCGCAAUCGAAAUCCUACAGUUGAUGUCAAGGAUGUUUAUAUGAUUUAUUCAACUGUUUCAUCUCAUAUUCUGAAAUCGAUUGCAGAAGUUGAGGGGUUUAAUACAAUUGAAACAUUAACUGGAUUUAAAUGGAUAGGAAAUAAAGCUCAUGAGUUACUCAAUGACAAGAAGCAUGUCUUAUUUGCUUUUGAAGAAUCGAUCGGUUUCAUGUGUGAUGCACAUAACGUUUUGGAUAAAGAUGGCAUUUCAGCUAUGUGUGUUGGCGCGGAAAUGUGUGCGUACUUAAAGUCCAUUGGACGAACAUUACAUCAACAACUACGCGAAGUAUCCAUUCUCUACGGUUAUCACAUUAAUAGUAAUUCCUAUGUUACAUGUAAUCAAACCGAUGUUAUGUUGAAAAUUUUCGAUCGUCUUCGUCAUUUUGAUAAAAAUGAUUCUGAGAACAGUCCUGUUGGUCGUACCAAGGAAAAAGAUUCCGAACAAAAAACGCUCGUACAGUACUCCAAUAAACUGAAGUCUCACAUCGGUGAUGAUGAAAAUGAAGCUGUUGAUAAGAAAAAGAAAGAAGAAAGUUAUGUUUACCCGAAGAAUUGCGGACAUUAUACAAUCGUAGGUAUUCGUGAUUUAACUGUUGGAAUUGAAGUUGAUUUUCGUGAUGGUGGGAAAGACAAAAAGCCGGUGCUUCCAUGUUCAUCUGCCAAUCAAAUGAUUACGUUUUAUUUUGAUAAUGGAUGUGAAAUGACUCUUCGAGCUAGUGGAACUGAACCGAAAAUCAAAUGUCACAAUCCAAAAGAAGAUAAUGGAUACAAAGUCUAUUGGAACAAUGGAGCUCAGAUCAUCUCACCUGUUGAUGUGAAAAUAGCCGAGGAAAUUGAGAAGAAUCUAGAACCAUGGGAAGGUAAAGCUUGGCAAUUAGAUAUACUCGAUAAAAACAAAUCUGAACUCGUCUCCGAUCCCAUUGAUGAAGUAUGUGAUAUGUACAUGUCAGAGUUAUCAAAAUUAAUUCAUUUUCCGGAAAUCAAUGCGACAGUACCGUUAAAAUUUGCUUAUACGCCGGUACAUGGUGUCGGUCAACCGUAUGCCGAACGUGCUUUUGCAACGUUUAGAUUUCCACCGUUUAUUUCUGUUCAAAAACAAAGUGCGCCCGAUCCUGAGUUUCCUACCGUCAAAUUUCCCAAUCCCGAAGAAGGCAAAGAAACAUUGGCAUGCGCUAUCCAAACAGCUAAUGAGCAAAAUGUUGAUUUUAUCUUAGCCACAGAUCCGGAUGCCGAUCGGUUUGCAUUAGCAGAAAGAGAUCCACGAGAGGAUAGUGAAACUGGUUGGAGAAUAUUCACUGGUAAUCAGCUUGGAGCUUUGCUUGGUUGGUAUCAGUGGUUCACAUGGCGCAAUCGAAAUCCUACAGUUGAUGUCAAGGAUGUUUAUAUGCUUUAUUCAACUGUUUCAUCUCAUAUUCUGAAAUCGAUUGCAAAAGUUGAGGGGUUUAAUACAAUUGAGACAUUAACUGGAUUCAAAUGGAUAGGAAAUAAAGCUCAUGAGUUACUCAAUGAUAGGAAGCAUGUCUUAUUUGCUUUUGAAGAAUCGAUCGGUUUCAUGUGUGAUGCGCAUAACGUUUUGGAUAAGGAUGGCAUUUCAGCUAUGUGUGUUGGUGCAGAAAUGUGUGCGUACUUAAAGUCCAUUGGACGAACAUUACAUCAACAAUUACGCGAAGUAUCUAUUCUCUACGGUUAUCACAUUAAUAACAAUUCCUAUGUUACAUGUAAUCAAACGGAUGUUAUGUUGAAAAUUUUCAAUCGUCUUCGUCAUUUCGAUCAAAAUGAUUCUCAAAACAGUCCUGUUGGUCGUACCAAGGAAAGAGAUUCCGAACAAAAAACACUCGUCCAGUAUUCCAAUAAACUGAAGUCUCACAUCGGUGAUGAUGAAAAUGAAGCUGUUGAUAAGAAAAAGAAAGACGAAAGUUAUGUUUACCCGAAGAAUUGCGGACAUUAUACAAUCGUAGGCAUUCGUGAUUUAACUGUUGGAAUUGAAGUUGAUUUUCGUGAUGGUGGGAAAGACAAAAAGCCGGUGCUUCCAUGUUCAUCUGCCAAUCAAAUGAUUACGUUUUAUUUUGAUAAUGGAUGUGAAAUGACUCUUCGAGCUAGUGGAACUGAACCGAAAAUCAAAUGGUAUUCAGAAAUUCGAAAGAAACGAGAAAAUGCCGAACCGACGAAUGAAAAUCCGAUGAUAGAUGAUGAAAACUUUCGACAAGAAACGAGAAAAGAACUCGAAGAUUUAGUUGACAUGGUUGUCAAAGAAUUUCUCCAACCAGAAAAGAAUCAUCUCGGCGAACGAGAAACUUCGCGAAAAUAA